GAGACUCACAGCAGCGUGUGGGACAGACAGACAGACAGACAGACGCAGGAAUGGCCAAGUGUGGAUCAUGUGGGCCGGGGUACAAGAGCCCUCUGGAUGCCAUGAAAGGCCCCAGGGAGGAGAUUGUCUACCUGCCCUGUAUCUACCGCAGCACCGGCAUCAACAAGCCCGACUACCUGGCCACCGUGGAUGUGGAUCCCAAGUCCCCGACGUACUCCCAGGUGAUCCACCGACUUCCGAUGCCCAACGUGAACGACGAGUUGCACCACUCCGGCUGGAAUACCUGCAGCAGUUGCUACGGAGACAGCAGCAAAGUCCGUAACAAACUCAUCCUCCCCUGUCUCAUCUCUUCUCGCGUCUACGUGGUGGAUGUUGGCACCGACCCCCGGGCUCCCCGACUCCACAAGACUGUGGAGCCACAUGAAGUUUAUUGGAAGUGCGGCCUGGCCAACCUGCACACCUCUCACUGCCUGGGCUGUGGGGAGAUCAUGAUUAGCGCCUUGGGGGACCCCUGUGGGAAUGGAAAAGGGGGCUUUGUUCUGCUGGACGGGGAGACGUUUGAGGUAAAAGGGAACUGGGAAGCGGAAGGGGAAACAGCUCAGUUUGGAUAUGAUUUCUGGUACCAACCGCGCCACAACGUCAUGAUCAGCACCGAAUGGGGGGCCCCUAAAGCCUUUGCUCUGGGUUUCAAGAUGGAGGAUGUACUGGCUGGACAAUAUGGUCACUCCUUGAACGUCUGGGAUUGGACAGAACACAGGCUGGUGCAGACCAUAGACCUGGGGAAGGACGGGCUGAUACCGCUGGAGAUUCGCUUCCUACACAACCCCGACGCCGACCAAGGCCUGGUGGGCUGCGCCCUGAGUAGCUCCAUCUUCCGCUUCUACAAAGAGAAGGAUGGCAAAUGGGCCGCAGAGAAGGUGAUCCAGGUGCCCAGUAAGAAGGUGGAAGGGUGGGCACUGCCCGAGAUGCCAGGGCUUAUAACAGACAUCCUCAUCUCAUUGGACGAUCGUUUCCUCUACUUCAGUAAUUGGCUACACGGAGACAUUCGGCAGUAUGACAUCACCAACAUCAGGAACCCCAAAUUGGUGGGGCAGAUCUUUUUGGGGGGCAGCAUUCAGAAAGGGGGACCGGUCGCUGUACAAGAAGAUAAGGAACUGGAGUGUCAGCCUGACCCUGUGACUGUCAAGGGGAAGAUUAUACCUGGGGGGCCACAGAUGAUUCAGCUCAGCCUGGAUGGGAAGAGAAUUUAUGUGACCAGCUCCAUAUACAGCAUUUGGGACAAGCAGUUCUACCCCGACAUGCUCAAAGAAGGGGCGGUCAUGCUGCAGAUUGACGUGGACACGGAGAAGGGAGGCCUCAAGCUGAACCCCAACUUCCUGGUGGAUUUUGGAAAGGAACCAGAUGGCCCUGUGCUUGCCCAUGAGCUCCGAUACCCCGGGGGCGACUGCAGUUCUGAUAUCUGGAUCUGAGGCCUUUGGGGCAGGAAAAUAAUGGGGGUCGGACCAAGUGGACAUCGAGCCGCUCGUCUGUAUGAAUCAAAGUCUAAUGUGAUAUGUGUGGAUCAGGACUGUGGGAUACCCCAGUAUUACUCAUAUACCCCAAAUAUAUGGGGGGGGAGUUAUGAUUUUCUGUAUCUUUUCUUAAAUUCCAUUUUCCAAA